UGCCCCGUCCCCACUGACAAAGGCGACCUGGAAAAACACCCGCGGCAACUCUGGGGAUUUCCGUUCAACCCCGUACUACCCCCAGCCGGGAUGGAUUCAACCAACGUGUUUUUUCGUUAACAAACAGGUACUAGAUUACGAAGUCAGGAAAACGUGACGUGGUUCGGCCUCCGCCGCACCUUCUGAGGGGAGACAGUUGUGGCCCCUCAUAACAGAACCCGAGUGACAGGAACCAAGUUGGGGGACUGGGAGAUACGUUAAGAGUACCCCGAGUCUGGUACAUGGUUCUGUGCGGCCGACGCCUCCCCCGCCCGACCCCCACGGCUGGCCUUGGCGUCGCAGCAAGUCCCGAUGCCAGUGCCCAUCGCCGUACCAAGGCUCCCGAGCGUACUCCUCCAUGGCGCUGGCGUCCGGCCGCGCAGUCAGGCCACGCCCCCAGUGUUGACGCACACCGGCGUCCGAGCUUUCCGCCUAUUACCGGGCAGCGAUUGGGUUGCUACGCAACACGUCACACCAAGGACACACUCUUAUUGGCCAAUCGAGUGCGCCAUUUGCUCACUCCCUCCUUAGCGUAGUCCAGUUACCUUCAAGCUCGGGGAGAGAAGACUUCAUUCUGUGCCUUGGGAAGAGAGUCGUGUGGUCCCAGGUAUCGUAGCGGCGACACGAGAGAGACGGCCGGUGUGACAGCCUUCCACUACCUGCACGACUAUAUUGGUCUGUCUGCUACCAGCUAUGCCGCUGCCCGUUGCGCUGCAGACCCGCUUGGCCAAGAGAGGCAUCCUCAAACAUCUGGAGCCUGAACCAGAGGAAGAGAUCAUUGCUGAGGACUAUGACGAUGAUCCUGUGGACUACGAGGCCACCAGGUUGGAGGGCCUACCUCCAAGCUGGUAUAAAGUGUUCGACCCUUCCUGUGGGCUCCCUUACUACUGGAAUGCGGACACAGACCUCGUAUCCUGGCUCUCCCCACAUGACCCCAACUCUGUGGUCACUAAAUCUGCCAAGAAGCUCAGAAACAGUAAUGCAGAUGCUGAAGAGAAGUUGGACCGGAGCCAUGACAAGUCGGACAGGGGCCAUGACAAGUCAGACCGCGGCCAUGAGAAACCAGACAGGAGCCAUGACAAGUCAGACCGGGGCCACGACAAAUCUGACAGGGAUCGAGAGCGUGGCUACGACAAGGUAGAAAGAGAGAGAGAGCGAGACAGGGAACGGGAUCGGGACCGCGGGUAUGACAAGGCAGACCGGGAAGAGGGCAAAGAACGGCGCCACCAUCGCCGGGAGGAGCUGGCUCCCUACCCCAAGAGCAAGAAGGUAAGCCGAAAGGAUGAAGAGUUAGACCCCAUGGACCCUAGCUCAUACUCAGAUGCCCCCCGGGGCACGUGGUCAACGGGACUCCCCAAGCGGAAUGAGGCCAAGACCGGUGCUGACACAACAGCAGCUGGGCCCCUCUUCCAGCAGCGGCCGUAUCCAUCCCCAGGGGCUGUGCUCCGAGCCAAUGCGGAGGCCUCCCGAACCAAGCAGCAGGAUUGAAGCUUCAGCCUUCCCAGCCCUGGGUUAAAAUAAAAGUUUUCCGGUGAUGCUGUCCACCAU